AUGCUAAAAAUUGAAGCAAGGGUCAAACUCGAACUUGGUAUUUGUGGUUGGAUAUUGACGAUUGCAGCGUAUUUGGUUGUCUUCUUGACAUUACCCUUUUCGGCUUAUGCUUGCAUUAAAGUUGUACAGGAAUACGAAAGGGCUGUAAUAUUUCGACUGGGAAGGCUGAUGACUGGAGGAGCCCGCGGGCCUGGUCUGUUCUUCAUUUUGCCCUGCAUUGAUUCGUAUAAAAAAGUUGACUUACGUGUGGUAUCAUUUGACGUUCCUCCACAAGAAAUUUUAUCACGUGAUUCGGUAACUGUCGCUGUUGAUGCCGUAGUAUACUUCCGUAUUUCAAACGCUACUGUAUCCGUAACAAACGUUGAAGACGCUAGUCAUUCUACAAAGCUUUUAGCUCAAACAACGCUUAGAAAUAUUUUGGGUACUAAAACAUUGGCUGAAAUGUUGAGCGAUCGAGAAGCUAUCUCUAUGCAAAUGCAAAAUACACUAGAUGAAGCCACGGAUCCAUGGGGAGUGAAAGUGGAGCGAGUUGAAGUAAAAGAUGUUCGUUUGCCUGUUCAACUGCAACGUGUAAUGGCUGCUGAGGCUGAGGCCACACGUGAAGCUCGAGCUAAGGUAAUAGCAGCGGAGGGUGAAAUAAAAGCUUCAGAAGCUCUCAAUGAAGCUGCAAACAUCAUAGCCGAAUCACCUACAGCAGUUCAACUGAGGUAUCUCCAGACUCUCUGUUCUAUCAGUGCAGAGAAAAAUUCCACAGUGAUAUUUCCGUUUCCCAUAGAACUUAUACGAUAA